AUGGCUACUCCCAUGGAGCCAUACCUCAAGCUCAAGAAAGAGGAAGGAGAGCUAUUGAAGAAUGCUAGACGCUUUCGACAACUUGUUGGUAGUUUAAUCUACUUAACUAUCACAAGACUAGAAAUUUCAUAUUCUAUAGGUGUUAUUUCUCAGUUUAUGCAAAAUCCAAGAACUCAUCAUUUAGAUGCUGCCAAAAGGAUUUUGCGAUAUGUAAAGGGCUCGCCUGCUUAUGGUCUUAUGUACAAGAAAGGAGGUGACUUUGUCUUAAGAGGAUUCACUGAUGCAGAUUGGGCAGGUGAUGCAGUCGAUCGUCGUUCAACUUCAGGGUAUUGCUUCAGUCUUGGUUCAGCUGUUGUUUCAUGGUGUAGUAAGAAACAAUGA